GUGUGCCUUUGGAUAAGUUAGAAUGAGGCCUGUCCGGGGGGUUCGAUUUAGAGUUUCUCGUGCUUUUGGAUUUGGACGGGAUAUCUUUCAAUUAAAUCAGCAGGACUGACGAGGACUAAUUAUACAAGUAAAUUAUGUGCAGUUGGGAUCCGAGGUAAUCAACAUGUUCUUAUCAUUGAGCAAAAUUUAAUUACUCCAACUGACAGACACAUUUCGUAUGGAUGUAAAAUAACGUUACUUCGACUUCGGAACAUUUUGGAUUAUACAACGAAGUGAAUUCGAUGGAAAUAAAAAUGGAUGACACGGUGGGUAGCGAGGUUGCAUCGUCACCGAGGAAUGAGGUGAGUAAAGUUAAAGUCAACAAAUGCAUCCAGACAAGGACGUCUUACCUGAGAAAACGUUUAAAGCGAAAGUUAAAAUUGGAGAACAUUUCAAAAGAGAAACCAGAGCAGUUUCCUGAGGAAAGUACUUGUUAUGAAGAUGACACUUUGGCAGAAAGUCCCAAAUACGAAAUUUUAUCAGGGGACCAAAAGGGCAGUGAUAAAGGAAGAACUGUAUCAAAUGAUCCGUCCGGUCAUAAGACCCGAGAAGACAGUACAUUCUCGAAAACCAGAGGCAACUUAUCUAAAUCGACAACGGCAAGCCAUCUGGUUGUUGGGUCCCUCGGUACAGUUGGAGCUAAAGCCCCUCCAACUGUGAAAGGGUCUCCAAAAACGCCAGCUGAUUCGAACAACCAUCGUGAACGUUCUGUGAAUGACCCUGAGUGUGUCCAAAAUGGCGUCCCACCAAAACCAGAGCAAUUGCCACAAGCAAAAGAACAAAAUGAAGCCCGACCAAAACGAAAGGUCAGUUUCGCCGCUGGUAUGAAAGAGGACACAAAAACACUUGGAAUUGCCAAUGAGAAAGUUCCAUCAGAAGUUGGCGAUGUAGAGCCGACGGCAGAACCAAAACAGCAAAGGCAGAAUGAUGAGUUGCAAUAUUCGGCAACUGGUUUAUUCGAGGCCGACUCUUGGCUUGACGAAAGAAGCGAUGGCGCUGGUCAUGAUGGCAGCGAUAGGCCUACAGCUGAAACAAGAGACGCUGAAACAGAUCAAAAUCAAGUUGAAGAUCCGUGUUUCUUACAAACAAAUUCAAAUGAUUCAAAGAGAAAUCCCGAUAACAUGGCACGUAAUGACAACGAAUACCAGGUUGAUAGAGGAAUUACGGAAGACAACGAAGUUAAUCCCAUAACGACAACAACAACGAAUCGCUCCAAGGUCAACCAGGACACACAGACUCUUCUGACAUUCCCGCGUCAAGAUGGUGACCGAGGUGUGUUGCUCGAUGCACUGUCUGAAACAGUUCGAAGCUCGGUUGAGUCAAACACGACAUCGGGGCAUGAUCUCGGUGGUUGCUCGGUUCUCAAUGCUACUGAUGGGUGUGUGGUCCUGAUGACACACCACAUGUGCACCUUGAGAAAAUCGUCUGUUAAACUGACAUGCAUGUCUGAGGAUGAAGGGAGCGAAGGAUCUUCUCCUCAAACCCGAUCACCGUCAACACAAAACGAGAGGAAUCCCUGGGGAAGUGCCCGAGACAUCAUGGUGCAGACCGAAAGCGCCCUGUUUGAUGCAGAAAGUGUAUGUCCCUCUGAAUGCUCUAGUAUUUCAGACUUCACGGAUAUUGUCGAAUCGAGCCCAUUCUGUCCACCACAGCCUUGGGAAGGAAUAGAUAGCCCUGGAUUACUAGAUGAUGUAGUUUUAGGAAAUAAGGAGGGAAAAACGGACAUCCUUGAUUGGGUUCGAGGUAAAGAUAAGACGUUGCAACGAAUUACCACUGACAACGCACGGAAGGAGAAAUAUGGUGAGAAGUUGCAAGAAGUCAUAGACAUGCAAGAAGAUAAAAGGAUGAAAAAGGGACACCCGGCGAAUAUGAAGUAUACACACUUCGGAAACAACCCAAAUAAGGGUUCACUAUCACAAGUUGAGUCGACAACAUUACCAUCGCAGACGAAGCGGCAUAGAGAGAAAAGCCCCUCUAAGACAUCCCAUGAGACUCUACCUAAACUGGUAGAAACGGACGACAAGCAAAUCCAGAAAGAAAAGAAGGAAAAGAAAGGAAAGACGGGUGACAAACACGGUAGUAAAGUAGGGCAUGUUUUAUCAGAACACAUGAAGAAGGAAAGAAACCCCUCAGAGUUUAAAACCAGAAAACACAGAAAAAAAGAAAACCAUCUGGACAGGAGGAAUAAUAACCAAACGGCAGGCUUCCCUUCUGCUCAGCUGUCAACGACGCAGGAUGAAGAAGAUCUGAAUCAAGGUGUCCUUGAGGACAGUUCUCAGUCUCGAGGGAUGGCUGCUUUGGGUCAAGGAUCGGAGUUUCCGGGUAGCUGUGAGGCGUUGUCAGCACCAAGCUCUGUCACAGAACCCAGUGGUGCUUAUUUUCUGGGAGGAACCAAUGAACAACUCGAGCAACAACCACUAACAACACAGCAGUUUGAUCCAGGGCAAUCAUUUUCAGGGUACCACGAUCAAACGUUACCAACAGCUUCAAGCCAGAGAGAUCAGCAAAGAUAUAUGGCUACAGAUAUUCCUCAGAGUAACGAAAUUGCAAUGAAUAACCAACAAUCGGCAAGGGAACCUAUCACUGACAAGCAAUAUAUUGAUCAACCUCCAUUUCUGGACCAGAAAUACGAGAUCGGCCAAAAUGACCAAACUAUGCAUAAUCAGUCUACUGUACCAGGAAAGGUGCUUCCUCACCCUCAAGACGUACCAUAUUCACAGAACAGGCAUCAGUUUCCUGAAUCUGGUAGAAUGGCAUCCCAAAUUCAAAUGAAAGUUGUAGCACAUCCACAGAACCAGACGUCAUUCUCGAGUCAACUUUACCAACCUAACCAACGCAUGCAAAGUGCCCUAAUGAGACAGCCUGUGUUAGGACAGCCUGUUCAAUAUGGUACUGCACCGAGACUAGAACAACCAAGACAACCAGAGAUGGCAUCUUAUUAUCCCCAAGCUACCGAUAAUGUCAAACAACUUGGUUUGGUGCAGCCUCAGCAAUCUUGGCCACCUGUGACUCCUCAACGAUGUGGACCUAGUGGACAACAGCCAAUCUUCCAAACCCCUCUUCAACCACGUGAAAUGAAUAGCUACCAUAGAUUUGAUAGUUUGCCUUCGCAGCGUUCGGAGCAGGGGUUUCCUCAGCAGCAGACACAUGUUAACCAACCAGCGCUUCCAAAACAAUUUGUAGCAUACCAGCAAACGGGUGGCCGAAGACCGAUACAGUCUGCAGCUUUUGGUGGUGCACUGAGCUGUCAAUCCAACGAUGGCAAUUAUGGAGCUCCAUCGAUGAAUAUCCCACUUCAAGGAGAGCACUUUGACGGGAUUCCAAGUGUGAGGGGUGAGAUUCCCAGAGAACCUGUCCAGCAUCCGGGUCUAUAUGGUUUCAAGGCAGAUGUAAUGAAUUCUCCUCGACAGUAUGAAUCUAGCACCAUCGGGGGUCAGUCAGACUCUGCACAGUUAAGAAGACACCGCAUGCACCCAACACAGCAGCGUCAGUCAUACCAAGAUUAUGUUACAGUCGGUGAGACACACGCAAGUUAUCCAAUGACUGGCCGAAGCCUUGAAAUGACACAACGGAAUUGUGCAUUUGCUUCCUCAAAUCCACCACAGCCACUCCACCUUAACAUAGCUGCUGGUCCACCAAAUGAUCAAGCUGCCUAUCAAGGAUCAGCUUAUUGGCCACCAAAUAGUUACCAGGGUGACGUUACAAUGAACUUCGCUCCUGAACUGAAUGCAAACCAGGGUUAUAGAAGGGACAGCACCCCUCUUGAUAAUCAAAGCACCAGCGCGACUUCAGUGUACCAGCAAGGGUAUCUUCCAAACCAAUCUAACGGCGGACACAAGCAAAUGUCAAACGCUGCUAAUGUCACGUCAUAUCCAGCUGAUACGUCAUUUCAAAGUUCACCUCAACAUCCUAUGUCAAACCAGCAUUACAGUAGAAAUGAUGCAAUGCAAAAUGGUUCGAAUUUAAGAAUGCCUCGUGGUGGUCAGAUUAUUCCACCUCAGCAAUACUUAGGAGGCGGAUCAUCAACUGAAGGUGUUCACGUCCAAGCAUCUGUGCAAAACCUUAUACAACCUAGCCAAGGUCAAACAUUUGGUAAUGGCCAUCUGGGGUACCAAUAUCCGGGUAUUUCAACGAUGGAAACUCGUGGCACACCACAAGAAAGCUCUGUUGGUAUGUGGCAAGUAAUACCCUCGAUGUCUGGACAAUCGCAAUCGCAAUACCCGGAACCUAUACAAAAAAGUAGAAUGCCAACGGCCGCAGAUCUCACCAGAGAUGUUGCUGAUGAAGAAUCUAGUAAAAGCUCUGAGUAUGGAGACACGGAUUCUACAGAAUCUGCAAAUGAUCCAGAGACUUUACGCUACGAAGGAGUGGAGAGAACGAAUUCAGUGUCUGUGACUGGCACAGACGAAAGUCAGGAAAGCAAUGGAUCUAGCACAAGUGAUGAUCGUAGUGAAAGUGUUGAUAAUGACAGGGAAUAUAACAUACAGUUAUCAGCGAAUUCACACACUGGUGCGAGUUCAGAUGAAGUUGACUGUUCGCGAUGGGAAGGUGAACUGGAAGAAGAGAGCAAAAUAUCCGAGAAAAGAGAAAGAAGAAUUGAGCGGGGUGAAUUUGAAAAGGAAAUGUAUGGCGAUGUCUUAAACACUGGGAUGCAGGUAGUAGGGAAUGAGCGCAGUGUCAGCCCCGUAGAUGAUUUGGAGGAAAUAGUGGAGCCACUGUAUAGAAAAGAAAAUUCUUAUAAGCUUGGGUCAGGUCAGGAUGCGAUACCACCUGCGUAUAGAGAUUACACCGAAAUGGAGAAUAAAGAUGUUGUAGAUAUUGAGAGGUUAGACCCACUGACGGUGGCUCCAGAGCCUAAGAUUCGUGAUCAAAAUCGCUACAGCGUUGGGUCGGAGGGAGCUGACGAUAUGCAGCAUGGAAGUAUGAUCCCUAAGGAGACUGCAGCUCAGAGCGUAGGGGCAACAUCACCACGCCUAUCAUACAAAGAAGGUGGUGACUUUGUGUCUAAUUUUGAUGGCGUCCCUUCACACGAACUAACAAAUGGUCGAUCUGCUGAAGACAGCAAUGCUGAUAGUCAAUACGUCAGUGGAAGCUCGUAUCCUAGUAAUGCAAGGUUUCAGAUGGAUGAGAAUUAUUUCAGUUCAGACACAGGUUUGGAUCGACCAUUAGGUUCCAACCCAACUGAGGAAAAUGGGGGGCCGUUGUCAGAAGCAAAGCCUUAUCGCCCACUAAGCAUUGCUAUUCCACCCUUGGACUUUGAUUACCUAAAAGACUCUCCUGCAUCGCCUAUCCCUGUUAUCGCGGUCAAUGACGAUGUCAUCCUACCGGAGGGGUGUGAUGCUGCCCAGGGCCCUUUGCAUGACAGCGGAUUCGGCGAGGAACGACAAGCAAAGGUUUCUCCGGAACCAAUGGAUAACAUCAGGGAAGAUGAGAAGCAAGAGUCUCGAGAUGCAGAUCAUGAACAGCACCCAGCUGGAAAGGUACACCUUCUGAGAGCGUAUCUUACUAAUACAUAUCCUGACCACAAGGCCCUAUUGGCAAUGCCAGGCCUUACCCUGCCUCUUCCUGAGGAUGGCCUCCGGAGUCCCGGAGCCCUUAGCAUUGUAAGUGUCGCAACAGUUGAGGAAGGUACACAGACGGAGCUGCCAUUUGCAGAGCGGAGCCAAGAUGUUGGGACGCAGGGUUACCGAAGUAGGUUGGAUGCAUCUGAAUUGGAGCAUCUGCGGAUUGAACGAGCACGCAUCAUCGAAGCUUUAGGGAGAGACCCCUACUUGACCUCAACUGCUGAGCUCGAGGCGUUACUGAACUAUUCCAUGGGUGAGACCAAAGCCCUGCUCGAGGUCGUGGAUGACCCGUGGUACACUGACAUCAUGUUGCCUCUGUUCCCCGGGGAAUCGAAGGAAAUCGACGAGAAGAUAAUCAGUACUACGCAGGAGUAUGUAGAGGAGUGUAGGAAGGAAGUCUUACCAGUCAUUGCUGACUAUGAGGAAAGGAGGGUACUGGCUGCGGAGACGCAGCAACGCUUUGCCGUAGUGGAAGACCAAAAGCGGGCUAAAAAGAAUGAAACAUUCUUGGAGAGGCACAGGGACUUGCCUGAUGUGAAGAGGAGUCCUAUCCUCCAAAGACGAGUGUCCUCUGAAUUCGACACACCAAGAAGCCCAAGGUUACUGCGACGAACGUAUUCAGAAACUGAUUCGCAAAGAAGUCCUGGUACGCAGCGCAGGGCUCUUUAUUCUGUGUCGGAGAUACAUCGUAUUCUUGGAACCGAUAGGAUACAAUUACCGGAUGCCAAUGUCUUGAGAAGUCCAACAUUGCAACGACAGCUGUACCAAGAGGAAGACAACAGGAGGUCGAGCUCCAGCCUUCAAAGAAUGCUCAACGAAGCUGAUAGCACGAGGAGACACAGCAGUCUGCAGAACUUAUACGCAGAUUCUCACAUUGCUCUAAAUCGAGUAAACAGUCUGGAUAUACCUGUCACGUCAGUGCGUAGUUCGACUACAACUCUUCAACAUGACCACACGAGUUCCAGCGGGAGUCAGAUCUCCCCACGUCCAGCUCCGCCCAUGUCUCCAUGCACAGUCAGCCCACCACAGUAUUCCAGCUUGGUGACCAAACAUCCCACCAUCAACCGACAUGAUCUGAUUCAGGCCCAAGGCGUUAACCCAUCACUGUCUCCUUGGUCCAGAAGCGGCGUACAUCCACCUCUGUCUCCCAGAGACCAUGACGAACACUCACCACGUGUGUUGUCUCCCAGGGUCCAUGGAUUAAACCAACCGCUCACUCCCACAACCCAAGGCCCACCGCAAGGCCAACUGUAUCUACCGAUAUCUCCAAGAGGGUCUCAUCCAUCCGAGCACAAGGAGAACCUUCUCUCUGUACGCCGAGAGCUGGUCAAUGAGACAAUCCUGAGUCGAUCGGCACCUUCUUCCCCAAGAUCUUGAAAGAUGGAUAGCACUAGAUCUCCCCGUAUGACUUUUGCCACAGUUGUGAUUGCCUAGACCACAAUCAGCACAAGUGCCAUUCUGCAAAGCUGCAGUAAAAUAACAGCCAAUACUGACAGCAGUCGUUUCGUACUAGGAGGAAUGGAUAACAUGAACACUAUCACCUAAAAGUGAAAUACGACCAGACGUUGGUGGCAAAUGCACGUUUGUGUCAAAACAAUGACAAUAUGAUGAAAUAUGCAGUGUUAAAGAGAGUGAAUCGGAAAUGAUGUCGAAAAUUCGAAACCGUAAUGAGAUCAACUCUUUCAAGUGCCUUGGACAUGAUAACACUUUGAAAGUGCCAACUUAAACCCUUUUCACGUUUUUCCAGCCAAUUGAGUGUCUCUGAAAACUUUGGGCCGAUACAACUCAUAUAGAGUGUAUACUUCGUUAUAAACUCUUUCUGCCAAGGCGUUGAAUGAGUAAGAUCAACUUGAAAUGCGUUAUUGUUAACGCCACUAACUGUUGUCAUCUUCUUGAAUGACUGUAAAAGAGAAGCCGUGGGUCUUUUCCAACAACGUCUGAUUUUUGGCAAUGCAUGUACUGUUGUGAUAAAAAAAUACCGUCAGUGCCAAUUCAGCAUUUUGCGGGUUAGACCGGGUCAAUGUGGGUGGGAAAACAAACAUUGGUAGAAGACCUGAAUCUACUUUAAAGACGAGAGAAAACAGAUGAGCUCAACAGCCUUGGGCGCAUUAUUCAUGAUAAUAGUUACUGUGUGGAUAAACUUGAAGAUUAUGCAGGAAAUGUUUCAGGAAAUACUAAGAGUAUGUUGAUGACGUCGACGAUCACCAUCGGGGUAGGGAUUACCUAUCAACUGUACAUCAUUGUAAAUUUGUUGGUGAAAAUUCGAUACGGACACAGGAGUAUUUUAAGUUUUGGGCUUUUGAAGUAGCGCAGUGGAAAUAUCAGCGCUUGUCACUUCCUGAUCGAGGUAUAUCAAGAAGACAAAAAAAGAUCGAAUAACCGUUUGCGUGUACAUGCAGUACGUGCACUGUGCUGAGGAACGUUUUUAAAAUGUUAAAUGGAUUUUAUUAUUUGUGUCAAGUAACCUUUAUCAAUGUCAAAAGUGACAGCAGUAAACAUUUUCAUAGCAAACCAAUAAAAUGUAAGCCAAAUGAUAUAUCAAUGAAUAUAGUUGUUCAUUUGAUUGUUGAGUUUGGUAUGGAUGAAAAGGUUAUUUUAAGACAGCCAAGGAUUGUUGACGAAAUGUCAAUACCGGGUAAAUUCAAUCCAAAGCGACAGAAUAACUUUCUGUAAAGAAAUAGCCGGUGAAUAUCAAAAACCUGAACACGUUUCAAUCGUCGUCAGUCAUUAUAUAUUCCAUGCAAGCAAUUUUACUUUAAAUGAUAGGCUCAUACACCCCCAAGUAUGGGUUUUUGUAAGUUGUAAUGACUGCUUUGAAUGGUAAUGUAUCAUUGCUCGACUAUGUGAAAUGUAAUGUUUGACCCAUUGAAUCGGCAAAAUUAGAGCUUCUAAUGCAGCCAAUGAUAUCUUUGUCCUUAUCUACUCAUUUGUCUGAAAAGUUAUUUGUGGGUCAUGCAUACCUGAAGCACUGUCGCGAUUUGGACCUCCACUCGGCGAGGCGUUGGUCUACUUUUUGUUGCCAAAGUUUUGUAGCCAGUAAGGUGUUGGCUCGUCA